CCUCAGAGGUGCCUGCCACUGACUCUGGCAAAAAGGCGAAAUUCCCAACUCAACUCUCAUGGAGUUCUCCAAACUCCUCUCUCUCAUCUCAGAUUGAGUGUACGCGUUGGAGAAGCGUACUUCACGUUGCUUUUGUGAGAAUGAUGUCUCUUUAAUGUGCAAGAAGUUGAGGUGAUAUUCUCGUUUGAAAGGCAGGCGAGAUGUCAUUUUCCAGGUGGUAGCUUUGGCAAUUUUGAGGUGGUUGGUUGGUUUACUACUGUCGAAAGAGAGCGUGAAGUUGGAUAUGAUGCCAAUCCGUUGGAGAAUCGCGUCUUUCCUUUAGGGUUUAUAUGACAAGGGACUAGGGUGUUGAGUUCUAGACGGGAAUGCAAUACUUAUUGGUUUGCCUCUGGAAUUUAUGCAUACUGAUAUUGAAGAGAACUAAAACAUUUAGACAUUUGGGUUGUGUUUCCUUCAAAGCUCAGCCCUUUUCUGACGUUGAUCAUCUUCCUUUAGGAAUAUACAGCUGAGAUUUUUUCUCUGUGCGUUCCGAAUUCAGUUCACAAAUUUCCAUCCAUGUCUGAGAAAGCUAAGCCUCCAUCCAGGCUUCUGUUCUACCUAAUCACUCUUUCUUUGUUCCUUUUGAUUCUCUCUUCACUAUCCCUUCGACAGUUUGGCGAUGUCUCGUUGCUUCCUGGUUCUGUUUUCAGGUUGAUUCUUGCCAAUGACACCUCAAUUAAUGUGAGACCCAAUGUCCAAAGGGACUCAAAGAUCAAAACGAUCCCCUUCCUAUCUCCCCUGAGCUCAAAGACACAAUCCCCUAACUCUGGCCCUAGCAGUGAAGGAGCAAUCUGUCCGCCUUCUCGGUCCUUGAGUUGUGAGAAAAACCGAGCUGUUCUGAAGGUAUAUAUGUAUGAUCUGCCUCCUGAAUUUCACUUCGGAUUACUGGGUUGGAAGGGAAAUGGCAAUGAAACAUGGCCUACUGUUAAUGACCCUAGGCACAUCCCUCCUUAUCCUGGUGGCUUGACUUUGCAGCAUAGUAUGGAGUUUUGGCUGACACUUGAUCUUCUGGCAUCUAAUGCACCAAGUGUUGUCAAAGCUUGCAGUGCAGUUAGGGUAGAGAAUUCUAGUGAAGCAGACAUAUUCUUUGUGCCGUUUUUCUCAUCUCUCAGUUACAAUCGGUAUUCCAAGCCUUUGGGAAAAGAGAAACUUGUACUCAACAGAAUUCUACAGGAGAAAUUGGUACAGUAUUUGUUGGGCCAGGAUCUAUGGAAGCGACAUGGGGGAAAGGAUCAUUUGAUUGUGGCGCAUCAUCCAAAUAGCAUGCUGCACUCUAGGAAAAAGUUGGCCUCUGCCAUGUUUGUGCUUGCUGAUUUCGGGAGGUAUCCGGCUAAAGUUGCAAACAUUGAGAAGGAUAUAAUAGCUCCCUACAAGCAUGUUGUUAGGAGCAUUCCAAAUGAUCAGUCAGCAAAGUUUGAUCAGCGUUCUAUACUAGCUUAUUUCAAAGGGGCUAUUUACAGAAAGGAUGGAGGAACUAUUCGCCAGGAACUCUACUAUCUGCUAAAAGAUGAGAAAGAUGUUCACUUUACAUUUGGGUCCUACGGCAAGAAUGGGGUCAACAAGGCCAAUGCAGGGAUGGCCUCAUCAAAGUUCUGCUUGCAUAUUGCCGGUGAUACCCCUUCCUCUAAUCGUCUCUUUGACAUUGUUGCAACUCACUGUGUUCCUGUGAUAAUAAGCGACGAGAUUGAACUUCCAUUCGAAGACGUGCUGGACUACUCAGACUUCUGUGUCUUUGUCCAUGCAUCUGAUGCUAUCAAACCAGGUUACUUACUGAAGCUUCUCCGUGGGAUUGACCGAGAUGAGUGGACCAAGAUGUGGGUUAGAUUACAAGAAAUCGCCCCCCACUUUGAGUACAAUUACCCUUCCAAGCCUGAUGAUGCUGUGGAUAUGAUAUGGAAGGCAGUAAGGCGAAAGGUGUCUGCAGUUCGGUUGGAGCUUAACAGGAAGAAGAGAUACUAUCGGUCUCAACCAACCAGCUAACUGAAGUGAACACACAGUUUGCAGGUAGACAUGAUACCAAAAGUUAUCCCUCAUUUUUGUUCUCUCAUGUAAAGGGCAUCUGAUGUUUGCAGUCUUGCCAGGAGCUGUUUGUUUUGGGUUAUCAUACAUAGAUGUAGAUCCAGAAAACAUGUUGUUUUGGUCAUGAACAGUUGUUAUACACAGCGCUCUUGUUCACCAAGUGAUUUUGAUCAUUCAUUGAGCAUGGU